AUGAAAAGAAUGUAUAAAGAUGAUGAUUUUAUCUGGUUAGAAACAUUUGCUAGUAGAAAAAUUACUGGAAAACUUGUUGGCUUCUUUCUAAUAAUCUUCAUGCUGCAGAAUUUUGAUGAUGUCUUGGUUCCUGAAGACCAUGUCAGCAGGAGCUAUAAUGAUACAUAUUAUGUAGACCCUCAAACUGUUUUAAGGUGCCACACAAGUGCUCAUCAUGCAGAAUUAUUGAAAAAUGGAAAUACUCAUUUUCUUGUCACAGGAGAUGUUUAUCGAAGGGAUUCAAUUGAUUCUACUCAUUAUCCUGUCUUUCAUCAGAUGGAAGGUUUUCGGGUUUUUGUUCCGGAUGAAUGGGAAGCAUCUGGGAUGGAUGGCACAUCAUUUGCCGCAGCAGACCUAAAGAAAUGCCUUGAGGGUCUAGCAUGCCAUUUAUUUGGUGCUGUGGAAAUGCGUUGGGUGGAUACCUAUUUUCCGUUUAUUAAUCCAUCAUUUGAGCUUGAAAUAUAUUUCAAGGAGAAGUGGAUGGAGGUUUUGGGGUGUGGAGUGACAGAGCAAGAGAUUUUGAAAAGAAAUGGGAAACCUAAUAAUGUUACUUGGGCUUUCGGCCUAGGGUUGGAGAGAUUAGCUAUGGUUCUUUUUGACAUACCAGACAUCCGUCUCUUUUGGUCAAAUGAUGAGAGAUUUACCUCUCAGUUCUCCAAGGGCCAGUUGGGAGUUAAGUUUAAGCCAUUUUCAAAGUUUCCUCCCUAUUACAAGGACAUCAGUUUCUGGAUCAAUGAAUCAUUUACUGAAAACAAUCUGUGUGAAGUUGUUAGAGGAAUAGCUGGGGAUCUUGCAGAGGAGGUGCAACUAAUAGACAAUUUCACCAACAAGAAAGGAAUGACCAGCCACUGCUAUAGGAUUGCACAUAGGUCCAUGGAACGUUCUCUAACUGAUGAUGAAAUUAAUGAUCUGCAGUUGAAAGUAAGAGAACAGAUACGCCAGAAAUUACUUACUAAAGCGCCUGUUUUAAAGCGCUUAAUGGACCAAACGCUUUAA